AUGUUCCUCACAGUCAAGCUUCUCCUGGGCCGAAGAUGCAGCCUGAAGGUGACAGGGCAGGAGAGCGUGGCCACACUGAAGAAGAUGGUGUCCAAGAAACUUCAGGUGCCAGAGGAGCAGCAGCAUCUGCUUUUCCAUGGACAGCCCCUGGCAGAUGACAAGUGCCUGUCGGACUACAGAAUUGGGCCCCAUGCUUCCAUUCAUGUCAUUGUGCGGCCCUUGGAGAAGCCAUCAUCCUCCCAGGCCCAUCAGUUCCUGUGGCACCAUCUGGACAGUAUCAUUGCCCACCACUUUGCACCAGAGGAUGCCAAAACCGUACUGCAGCUGGUGAGACAAGAGUAUGAAGAGCGGUUGCAGAAGAUCAGCCUCGAAGACCUAGAACAGCUGGCAAACUACCUCCUGACCCAGGAGUUGUCUGAGGAGUCCGCAGUAGAGACAGAGUCUCAGACCAUCUCGGAGCUCCCAGACAAAGGGAGAUUGGAGAAAGAAGAGACUGUGUCUCCUGACAUUCAAAGUGAUUGCAUCUCCAUUGCCAUCUGGAACGGGAUUCUCAUCACCCCAUGUGCAACAUGCCAGGAAGGUUACAACAUGAUGCUGUUGCCCCCAUCUCCUGGAAUGGGCACCACUUCUGGGAACACUCUUCACUCCCCUGACAGCCUGUGGCCCUGCGCUGAGAGUCAGCAGCGCACAUCGACCUGCUACCACUGUGGGGAAACCAAGGCAGGGAAGACCACGGUGACAGCCUCCACGGCCAUUCUCUCCAACGCCAGUUUUCUACUACCUGAAGUCCUCCCACCUGGAAUCAAUGCCACUGGCGAUGUCUUGAAUGGAGCUGAAGAAGGGGCAAGUGCGAUGAUGCGCUACGCGCUUCCAGGCUCUGCGCGCCUAGGCCAGGGACCAGCUGGAGCUGCUGCCAUGGGCACCCCUCUCCUCUCCUUCUGCCUGCUUGAUGGCGUCGGCCAUCAGAGCUUCGCCCCAGAGCCUGGAAGCACUGACGCGGGCCCGCGCAGCAGAGUCGGCACGGCCGGGGGCAGCAGGAGGACACUCGGCCCUGGGCCCACCACCCCUCAAGCUGCUUUCCACGCGGGACCCGCACCCCAGGGGGAUCCGAGCACCCAGCUAGCAGGUGUCCCGCUUGCCUCUCCGGAGGGAGCGCAAUUGCGCGGCGCGCAGUUUGGGGAGCCCUUCCCUGCCCCAGCCGGGGCUCCCCUCCACCAUCCACGGCUGCCUGCGGGAGGGACCACGCACCCCUCUUCUGCCGGGGAUCGCAGCUGCUCCCCCGGGGCGCGGGGGUCCAGUCCCAGGAACAGUGCGCCCUGGAACAGGUAA